AACAUACAAGAUUGUGUUAGGUGUGACUCAUAGUUUCAUAAUUUAUACACUGUUAACUCUAAUGUUCCCACAAUCACCUUGUUUUUUUCCUUCACUUUAAAACCAAAACAAACCAAACCCAUUUUUUUCUUCAACUCAUACACCAUGGUACACAACAGGUCUAUUAUCUCUCACAAUAUAGACAGUGGUUGCUUUCCUUCUCCACACCUUGAUGCUUUUCCAGCUGGUUUACGAGUUCUCGUUGUCGAUGAUGAUCCAACAUGGCUUAGAAUCCUUGAAAAAAUGCUCAAAAAAUGCUUUUACCAAGUUACCACAUGUUGUUUAGCAAUAGAGGCUCUUAAGAAGCUUCGCGAAAAGAAAGAUGCAUAUGACAUAGUGAUCAGUGAUGUAAACAUGCCUGACAUGGAUGGUUUCAAGCUUCUUGAACAUGUUGGACUUGAAAUGGAUCUUCCUGUCAUUAUGAUGUCUGUUGAUGGAGAAACAAGUAGAGUGAUGAAAGGUGUUCAACAUGGAGCAUGUGAUUAUUUGCUUAAGCCUAUAAGGAUGAAAGAAUUGCGAAAUAUAUGGCAACAUGUCUUAAGAAAAAGAAUACACGAGGCAAGAGAAUUUGAAACUUUUGAGGGCAUUCACUUGAUGAGAAAUGGAUCGAAUCACAUUGAUGACGGUAACCUGUUUGCUGUAGGAGGAGAAAUGAACUUAAUGAAGAAAAGAAAAGAUUUAGAUAAUAAACAUGAUGACAAAGAAUUUGGAGAUCAAACUUCUUUAAAGAAAGCUAGAGUAAUUUGGUCUGUGGAUCUUCAUCAGAAGUUUGUUAAAGCUGUGAAUCGAAUUGGAUUCGAUAAAAUUGGUCCGAAGAAAAUUCUCGAUUUGAUGAAUGUUCCGUGGCUUACUAGAGAAAAUGUUGCUAGUCACUUGCAGAAGUACCGGCUCUACUUGAGUAGGUUGCAAAAGGAAAAUGAUCAGAAGUAUUCCACAGGUGGAAUAAAGUAUUUCGAUUUACCUUCAAAAGAUUCAGGAUGUGUAAGUUUUCUCGACUCUCUUAACAAGCAACAAAACGAUGGUGCAAUCGACAAUUUCAGAUAUUCGGAUGGGACAUUAAAACUUCAUAUGGAGAGUACAAGUCAUGAAGUUGAUCUCAAUGGAAUUGUGACAAGGCCAACAAUAGACAAAAUAAGAGCUUCAGUUAGUGAUAUUAUUGAUCCAAAGAUAAGAAAGUGUUCACAGAUAGGCCAUAAUCAACCAUAUGAGUCUGCAGAAUCAGAAGUAAAUCAUACAGUUUUUGAGUACUCCACCGUUUCGACACAAUGCUCUUGGAAUGAAGUUCCAAAAAUGCUACUGAAAGAAGAACAAAAUACACAGAAGCACUUCCAAAUUGAUCAAUCACAAUCAAUGAAUUCCGAUCCCUCCGGUUACACAAGUGAUUACAUUAGUCCUGUGAAUUCAAUGGCGUUGGAAGUUGUCACCUUUCCUAGUCAAUCCAAAAGCCUCGUCGCGAAUGAUCAAUCUCCAGAUAUCGUUUUCACUUCAAAUUUGAGUUCGAAAGCACCAGGAUAUAAUCUCGGUUGCAUUUCUGAUAUGGAAAUUUACCAAAGAAACCUACUUUUGGAUAGCCAUGCAGCCUUAACACCUUUGGAUGAAGACUUACAUUUACUUUUGUUACAAGGUGAAUACUAUAAUAUGAACUUUGGCAUGCAGAAUAUAGAGAUGUCUGAGUAUUCUGAUCCAUGGAUUAUUGCUGAAGUACCUACCAAUUUGUAUGAUUCAGCAGAUUAUUCAUAGCAUGAUCUUUGAUUUUGUCUUACCUUUUCAUGCAUCUUCAAUGAAAAUCGGAUAAUUGACGAUCGUUUAUGUGUUAGAUGUAAUUUCUGAAACGCAUUAAGCAGCUCGUAAUACAGCGCCCAGACUUAUUUGGCGAAAAUAGACGUAUAAUGAACCAAGAUCAACUUCAACCGGUCAUGCAGAUUCCUCCAUUUCUGUCAAUACUCUAGCUAGCAUUAGACUCGAAAUGUUUACAAUGCAUCAUGUAUUUUAGAAAGUUUAAAGGAAUUCCUUAGUCGUGAUGUCGAUGUAGUGGCAUCCGAGCUACCCCGCCAGUGUUAACAAACUUGUUCAAUUGAUUGAUAGCAUCAACAACUUAAAACCUUAUCUUGAUGUUAUGAUCAGCUAUGGUUCUUCAUCAUUGCCCAAGUAAUAGUUAACAAUCUUCAAACUGAAAUGCCAUCAUUGACUCUACUUUUGUCUCAUCUCAACGUGGUCCAUGUGCAAUAGAGAUGAUCACAAAUUGAGAUUUUCAAAAACAAGUUUUAAAGAUAAUUGGAGGGCGGCUUAAUGAGAUGGCAAAGAUAGGACAAUACUCCCUAUUUUUACAAUUAUAAGACUACACUCUCUAUUGUUAAAUGAAUUUGAAUCUCAUUCCAAAAACUAACUCAAAGGGUGGAGUGCGACUUUGCUCCAUUUACUAACCUCCAUUGUU